CAAAAGUUAUUUCAGAACAAUGUAAAUCUCAGCUAUGGUCGAACUUAAUGAAAUAAAGAGUAACUGUGACGGGAGAAUAUUUGGGUGUAAAUGUCACGUAUUUAGUAUUUCGAAUAACAUGAAGCAAUCCAACUGUGAGUCUGCUGAACUAGAACGAAAGGAUCUGAAAAAUAUUUUUCACAACAAACUUCUCGAGAAACCUGACAAAGUUAGAAAAUCAAACUUUGAAAUGUUGAUACGAUGUUUCAAAUCAGUACGGCGGCAAAGUUUGCUCGUGUUUGUGGUUAUUUCAGUUUUUAUUCUCGGCACUGCUAUACCUUACAUUUGGAACAGAGUCCAGUUAAAUACACAGUCCCCUGAACCCCAGUUGACCCCUAUACAUAUAUACACCAACAGUGUAUUACGACCUGAUUUAUUAGAUAUACAUGGUGCCGAGCCAGUAUCAGCUGUUCAAUCUUUGUCCCUUUCCCUGGCUCCUGUACAACAUUUCAUUAACAACAUUUUCAUUUCAGUCAAAACUACUAAAAAGUAUCACUACCCCCGGCUUAUAAUUCUUUUGGAGACAUGGGCCAGCUUACUUAGAGAACAGACAUGGUUCUUUACAGAUUAUGAAUCUCCAGAGGGUGAAGAUAAGUAUUUAAAGAACCGGACAGGAAAUCACCUAGUGUACACUAACUGUUCUACAGAUCACUACAGGCUCUCUCUGUGCUGUAAGAUGGCUGCAGAAUUUGAAUAUUUUCUCAAAUCUCACAAGAGCUGGUGGUGUCAUAUGGACGAUGAUAACUAUUUAAACCCUUUAGCUCUCGUUCAUCUACUAAAGAGGUUUGACCCUGGAGAUCCUGUAUAUCUUGGUAGAACUAGUACAGCUACCCCGCUACAAAUUGUAGAUAUUCAGGGAACUAAGAACACCACAUUCUGGUUUGCUACUGGAGGAGCUGGGUUUUGUGUGUCAAGAGUGCUAGCUCUUAAGAUGGCGCCUCACGCAGGAGAUAGACAGUUUGUUGAGUCUGGAAACCAGUUUUGGUUUCCUGACGAUGUAACUCUAGGAUAUAUUAUAGAUACAAAACUGGGGAUUCAUUUGACGGAGGUUCCAGAGUUUCACUCUCAUCUGGAACACCUGAACAAUUUACAACAGAGUAACCUAGAGACAAGUGUAACCCUGUCCUACAGUGGAGUAGAGACAGGACAGAAAACAUCAUUUACAUAUCAGGACACAAGGACACAGGACACAGAUAGGAAGCAGGAGGACAAGAUAAUAGCAAACACUGUCACCAUUGGAGGACCGUUCUCAAGAUCGGUAGAUCCAACAAGGUUUUACUCUGUACACUGUUACCUGUAUGGCGCCUCUUAUUGUCCAUGAGAAUAUCAGGAUAAUUUAUCGAUCUCAAAAUAUAUUUUUCAAAACCCACUGUAAUGUCCGACUGAACACUUUAUCGUCCCGGCUGAACACUUUAUCGUCCCGGCUGAACACUUUAUUGUAGUGGCUGAACACUUUACUUUCCCGAGUGAAAACAUUAUUUUCCCGGCUAAAAACCUUAUUUUCCCUGCGGAAACUUUUUUUGUCCCAGGCCUGGCUGGAUAAUAAGCAAAUAUUAGCUUAGGACAUAUCACAUCUUGACAUUUUGAAUAUCUCGACAUUACUUGAUUACUAAGAUCCCGCCUCAAUAUUAAAAUAUUCAGCCACAAUGAUCCAAACGUUACCUACAAGCUCUCGCGGAAUAAAUUCAUGAAAAUUUUGCCAAAUACUUGAAGCUAUAAACAGGUGCUGUUUAGUUCUAAAAAAAAAACAUGUUCAGGGCUACAAAAAAGUGUUUGUGAUGUAAAAUUAGAGGCAAAUUAAGGCUUUGUAACACUUAAAAAUUGACCCAGUCUUAAAAAUUGAUGCAACUUUUCCUAGAAGUCUAGAUCUAUAUCCCGCCCCAACCAUUGACCAGGAACAGUUAGUUAUAAUAACAAUCUAUUGCGUCAUUAUUCCUCCCUUUUCCGGUAUUCAAACUUUCCUAUUCAAUAUAUAGAAAAAGUACCCCUCCACCCCCCUCGCCUCCAUCAUAAUUAUGAUAAUUAGAUAGUUCUCCUUCAAUGUAUUUACGGAAAUUUACGUAAUACAUAUAUUUCGAGCUUCCAUUUAUUUACACCAGCUUAUACAUUUUUUUAAUAAUAAUCAGUUACAUAUUUCACGUAUGUUAAUGGACAUUUUAUAUUGUAUAUUGUGUGGUGUUAAUCUUUAUAAUUUAAAAUAAAACAUAUGAUUAUA